AAGUUUGCGCGCCAUCGAUCCGCGCAAUCCGGUCAGUCAUACCUCUGGGGGGAGGGGUAAGGAGAAAUAGUUCAGGGGAGGUUACAUCGAUUCAGUCGAGGAAGAACCACGAGCCAAAAAAUGUUUGCACGAAGGUCUCUUUUGCAGAUUCAGCGAAUGGUCGCGAGAUGUGAAGGUCCUGUUGGGGAUUUGCAGCGUGGAGGAAAAUGUUUAAACAGUGUACAGCUUAUUGGGUACACUGGUGGUGACCCAGUGCGAGGAGGAACAGAAACACACCCAUUGACUAGAUUCAGUUUGGCAACUACAAAAUACUAUCCUACGAGGGAUGAUAAAAUUGAGAGCAAGACAUCCUGGCAUAGUAUUACAGUGUUUAAGCCAUUUCUGCAGGACAAAGUUAAUUCCUAUGUAAGGAAAGGGACAAGGCUGUUUGUACAGGGAUCUAUAGAUUACAAUUCCUAUGUUGACCAGGAAGGUCAAAAGAAGUAUAUUACUUCAAUUAUUCCAAAUGAUAUUAUCAUCCUUGGGAGAUCACAGUCAAAUUUAGAAGGCGAAGAAGAUCCUGAUUUCUAAAUACUGGUCAGAUAUCUAGAAAUACUGUAUUAGUGCUGAGUCUCUUGUUUGACUAAAAACUUUGCUUGUAAAUUAGAAAACGUUGGGGGGAGGGGGGGGGGUGAAAUGACCUUCCUUCAAAACUGUAUAAAAAUAAAACUGAUUGGAUAAGAUACAAGGAAACAAUGGGAAGCCAUUUCAGUGCCUUAGCUGAACGAACCGUUGAUUUUCUU